AUGGCGCCAUCUUUUGGAAGUAAGAUCGUCCUGAUCAUAGGUGCAGAAAGGGGUAUUGGCCGAGGAGCAAGUAUCAAGCUCGCAAAAUUAGGUGCUACAUUAGCGUUGACAGACAUCAAUGAAGCUUCUCUCGACAAGACAUGUAAUUUAUGUACAAGUACGAAUCACCACUACACUUCAGCCUUUGAUGUUGGAUCAACAGAGAAGUGCAACGAAUAUGUCUCAGUCAUUAUAUCAAAAUAUAACGGCAUCGACCACAUCUUCAACUGUAUUGGUAUAAACGGUGUUUACCAAUCAACAGUUGACGUCACAGAUGCACAUUGGGAUAAGAUGUUCAACACAAACGCCAAAGGCUUCUUAAACAUCACACGCGCCUGUAUACCUUAUCUCAAGUCUGGUGCCCCUCUCGAAAACCCCAUAUCCGCGUUUGGAAUCUCCCCCGUUGCCAGUUUUGCUGCCUACUGCGCUACAAAUGCUGCGGUUAUUGGAUUCUCAAUGAACAUGGCGCUUGAGCUGGGCCCGAGGGGGAUCAGGACUAAUAUCAUUGUUUCCAAAGCUAUGAGAGCACCGACGAAUGUGCAGCGAGGCGAUUUCGUUGUAGAUAGGGGAGCCGAGGAUAUUACGGAUGUGGUGGCAUUCUUGUUCAGUGAUGAAUCGAGGUAUAUGAAUGGGAGUGCGGUUAAAUUACAGGCGGCUUUUUGUGAAAAUAACAUAAAGGGAUUAGACCCAGCAUUCUGA